AUACUAUUCCCUUUUCACAGAUGGCAGCCAUUCAUGACUUCCAACAAGUCGGUUAUGAGCAUGCUUUUAUACACGGCACCACUAACAACUUUGUACCUGACAGACGGGAGAUUGUCAAAACAUUGUGAGGGGCUGGGUCAGUAAGGGGUUCAAGAUGUUUUCAGCGCUGCGUAAGCUGACAGGCCGCGCUGAUGGCCCCCUUACGCCCACAUCACCUCCUGGCAUGCAGGCCAUGGCUGCUUCUCUGCAGAGACGGUUUGCUCGAGGUGUUCAGUACAAUAUGAAAAUUGUUAUCCGUGGAGAUAGAAAUGUAGGGAAGUCAUGUCUUUUCAAACGUCUUCAGGGCCAACCCUUUUUUGAAGAAUAUGUACCAACAGAAGAAAUACAGGUUGCAAGCAUCCAGUGGAAUUACAAAGCUACUGAUGAUGUAGUGAAAGUGGAGGUGUGGGAUGUUGUUGAUAAAGGGAAAAAGAAGAAAAAGAUUGAGGGACUAAAGCUUGAUAAUACGUCAUUAGAGUUUGAAGAACCAGCACUAGAUGCAGAGUUUCUUGAUGUCUACAAGGGCACCAAUGGAGUUAUAAUGAUGCUUGACAUGACAAAAAAUUGUUGCCAUCAAUUGAUGACUCAGGCCAGAAUAAUGAAGGUUCCACUUCAUGGUGUCACCUUGACUGUUGGAACAGAACAGGGACCUGUUACAGUUCUAGUCUUUGGUGGACCUAAUCCUCAAACUGCAGCUUAG